AUGUCACAAUUCCGCUCAAUACCACGAGCCAUAAGGCUCCCACUCACACAACCAUCCCUCCAACAACACCGCCCAUUCACCCAAUCCCACUCAAUCCUCGGCAAAAAGCCACUACCCCCACGCCUCCAACUCAAAGACGAAGACUUAUCAAUAUCCUACCUAAAAGGCACCGGACCAGGCGGGCAGAAGAUCAACAAAACCAAUUCCGCCGUGCAAAUCAGCCACAAGCCAUCCGGCAUUGUGAUAAAAUGUCAAGCGACGCGCUCCCAGUCUCAGAAUAAUAAUAUUGCGCGGUCGUUGUUGGCGGAUCGUGUUGAGGCUCACCUAAAGGGGGACCAGGCUCCGAGUCGAAUUUCUAUCAAGGCCGAUGCGGCGAGGAAGAAGAAGGCUAGUAAGAUUAAGAAGGCUAGGAGGAAGUAUCGGGGUUUGGAGGGGGAGAAUGCAGAGGCUGAAGAUGGGUCUGGGGAGGAAGGGAUUUUAGACGCAGAUGCAGGUGGGCUUGAGGGUGGACUUGAGGAUGGACGGGAUGCCACUGCCAGUGAGGGGGAGGUGCAAAAGGUUGAGUCGAAAAAGAAUCUGCCAGUGAAGGGCAAGGAAGAAAGCAUAUAA